AUGGCUGCGGCGAACCGAGGAGCUCUGCUCGCGACGUGGGGCGGGCGGCUGCGGCGUGCGCUCGCUCUCACGAGACAGGCUUUGCCCGGCCCCGCGCCUUUGGCAGCGGCCGUGGCCGGCGUGGCCUUGACAGGAGCAGGGGUGGCCUGGUACAAGGGCCGCGUACAUCUCGCGGCGCCGGAGCGCAGCCUCACUGUCCUAGCGCAGAAAAAUGUUGACCCUGAUGAGAUGGUGGGGAAACUGUCUCUCCGCAAACAGCGCUUCCUCCAAUUUUCUUCACUGGAGUACGAGGGGGAAUGCUACAUGACGCCCAGGGACUUCCUCUUCUCUGUGAUGUUUGAGCAGAUGGAGCGUAAAACUUUAGUCAAGAAGCUGACAAAAAAGGAGAUCGAGGAUGUAUUGGCAGGAAUCCAAAAAGCUGGUUGUGGACCAACCUUUUUUAGAGACCUUGGUGAUAAAGGGCUGAUUUCAUAUACUGAGUAUCUUUUCUUGCUUACAAUCCUCACUAAGCCCCACACUGGUUUUCAUGUUGCUUUUAAAAUGCUGGACUCAGACGGCGAUGAGAUGGUUGAGAAAAAGGAAUUUUUUAAACUGCAGAAGAUCAUAAGUAAACAAGAUGACUCGAGGACAGCUACACCUGAUGAAGCAGAAUGCCAGGAGCCAAAAAUGAAAGAAUCUGAAGUUAACACAACUCUUCAGAUACGAUUCUUUGGGAAAAGAGGAGAAAGGAAACUUCAUUACAAAGACUUUCGAAGAUUUAUGGAAAAUCUGCAAAUUGAGGUCCAAGAGAUGGAGUUCCUUCAAUUUUCCAGAGGUUUAAGCUUCAUGAGGAAAGAAGACUUUGCUGAAUGGCUCCUUUUUUUCACUAAUGCUGGAAAUAAAGACAUUUACUGGAAAAAUGUGAGGGAGAAGCUGUCUGCAGGCGAGAGCAUUAGUUUGGAUGAGUUCAAAUCAUUUUGCCAUUUUACAACCCACUUGGAGGACUUUGCUAUUGCCAUGCAGAUGUUUAGUUUAGCUCAUCGCCCUGUCAGACUAGCGGAGUUUAAGAGGGCUGUGAAGGUGGCGACUGGUCAGGAGCUCUCCAACAAUAUUUUGGACACAGUCUUCAAGAUCUUUGACGUGGACGGAGAUGAAUGUCUCAGUCACGGAGAGUUCCUUGGAGUUUUAAAAAACAGGAUGCAUCGAGGCCUAUGGGUCCCACAGCAACUGAGUGUACAGGAGUACUGGAAAUGUGUGAAGAAAGAGAGCAUCAAAGGCGUGAAGGAGGUCUGGAAACAAGCUGGGAAAAGUCUUUUUUAAAAAAGCUACAAUGCAGCAAUUUUGUUUUUC